AUGUCACAGCAGCAGCAGCAGCAGGCACAUAUUGAAGAGUUAAAACGUCAUUUUGAAAAUGUUAGAGUUGUGCGGCAGACAUCGUCAGAGACACUUCUGCAGGUGGAGCACAUGAACCCCGAUCGUGGAUAUACACUUGUGCUCUACGUGGCUCUCGACAGUAAGUUCCCCCGCACGCCGCCCACUGUGGCGUACUUUGGCGGCCGCAAGGUUCCCAUUACAGCCGUGGGGGCGGAUAACUCCACCAGCGGCGAGUGGAAUCCAACAACCUCACGACUAGUAGAUGCAGUUGCGGUGGCAUUUAGUAAUCUUGCAAAUUUGUGGGGAAGCGCUGCCCCACCGUCAAUGGAACAAAUCGCCAAUCAACUUGAGGCAUUAUCGGAUUCUAUGUUAGAGGAUAUUAUAUCUAAUCCAAAUUGUUUGGAGUCCUAUGCGUACCAGCUUCCUUUUCUUAAAAGUAUUCGUGAUGCGAGUGGACAGACAAUUGAUGAUAUUGAACGGGUUGCAAAAGAGAAUUUAACCUUGGAACCAGAAGUGGAAGGUCUACGAAAAGAAGUGGAUGAUUUGCAACAACGUCUUGAUGCCCAAUUAUCUGUUUUGAAAAAACUACAAGCUUCAACACCACUAUUAGAUGCUGUUAGUUCCCCUGAGGCUCUCGCAAAAACAUUUGCAGCUGAUGUUCUAACGCUAGAUAAACAAUGUGAAGAUAUUGCAAAAAAACUUCUGGCGGUAGAUUGUAAUGCUGACAGACGUCGUUUUGAUGAUCUACUGGAGGAAUACAGAAAAAAGGCUAAAGAACGUCACAUAAUGGAUUUGAAACGACGUGCAUAUCAUGCUUCACUGAAUUGA